AUGUUGUCCACCAUCACCACCCGCUUCUCCACCUCAGCUCUACGGGGCGCUAGCAGGUACAUCUCAACUACCGCGCCGAAGCGAAACACUGUUAUAAGCAACAACACUUCUUCGCUCAUGAGCAAGUGGAACAACCUGUCUACUCAGAACAAACGAUACGCCAAGGCAGGCAUCUCAGUUAUUGCAGCCACUGAUGUUUACGUCCACUACACCUACUGGCCUUAUAUCCGAAGCUUUUUCAGUGGUGCUGAGAAGGAUGGAAAGAACUAG